CAAGAGCUACGCGUCCUAUACGGGCUCCAAGAGGAUCGUCGUCUACUAGCGACGACCGCGAGAGGACACUCCAUGAGAGGAGUGUGGGACAGGAGUGCCGCUAUUACAACUGCCGUCAGUAUAGACUUGAUUAGUAGGGAAACGACCGGCAAAAUAGCCAGGCGAUCGGGCGAGAGCAAACCUUCCUUUUCAUAAAGGUGGUUGGUAGCUGGGCAGGCGGCACAGGCCGACUGACUGCUGCUCGGGCUCUCAGCCUACGGCAGCCGAACUGGAUGUACGGUUUUCGGACCGGCGGACACGGGGUUUCAGCUCGUAUGGCCUGAGCACACACUGAAGCUGGCGGCGGCAACAGAUGUCAUAGUCGCUAAGUAAAGAAGCUAAAAUUCAAGGCAACGCUGUCGGAACCAAGUCGCUGUUGCUCGAAUACUUCUCCUAUAGUACCUCGAUAGGCAGACAGGCGAGCCAGCUCGGGGGUAGCAAGCAGAAAUGGAAAUAGCGACGAGUUGAAACUGAGGCGAGUGUGAGGGAGUGCGAGUGAGUGAAUCUGUCAGCAUGAAGUAAGCAGAGUGGCUGUGUCCUUUUUGGAAUAGAAGAAUGGAAAAAGGAAAAAUAGACAAAAAACAGGCAAAGGAACAUUGGCACUUUUUUGUAAUUCCUCGCACUGCUACUGCUGCUGCUCGCCUUACGUCGGUUCCGUCUGAUCAUCACCUAGUUCACCAUUCCUGGAUCUCUUAAUGCAAUAGUGGCAAAUACAAAUUGAGGACGGUACGACUGCAAUCACUUCAUUUCCCAACCGGUAUAUUCGUAAUUCGGCAACGCCUUACACGUCGCUUCUAGCGCCUUUCAUUGCACAGUGUUUCCAAAGUGUCAAAUAACUACAAUUGUGUAUACAUAAGGAGCCGGUAUCCGGCUUUAUAAUAAAUCUACUGAGUUGUACAGAACUAUAAAUACCGCCGGACUUUCGUCUGCCAACGUCAUUACCAUCCUGUUUCAUCGUAAUUAUCAGUGAUAGCUGAUACAGUGCGGCAUCCGCUGCUGCCUGGGGCGUCAAGUGCUCACUCAUCGCCCGCCCGUCCAUUGCCGUCGUCACCGUCGCCGCCUAUCUGCGUUUACGCCGACCUCUCGGCUCGGCAAAGGCGACAAAGAGAGAUUUUUCCUUCAUCAGACGACCGACUGACAUCCGUACAGCCGCUGCAAUAGCAGUAGUCUGCUUCGUGAGCGUCGAUCCAUCGUUUGUAUAUCUAAGAAGGUGGAAGCAUUGGCGACUGAAAACAGCUGACACCAGCAACGACGUGCACCGGCCUCACCGGCGUCUUCGUUUUAGGCAAUCUACAAAACGUGGAAGCAACAGCGAUAGGCCGCUGUUGACUCGUGAAUAUCGGAAUGAUGACACUGCCGAUGAUAAUGAACAUGUUGUUGUUGUUAUUAACCCUGUACGUUUCCGUUGCUGGCAACGAACAGUAAGUAGUGCAAUGGUGUGAAACGAUGUGCGAGUUAUUUCUAACGCCAACACUGAAUUCCCGUACGCGCAGCGCGCCGGUACUGAACAGGUGCAGGUUUCUAGCGUACCCUUUCUGCCCGUACGAAUGUAAGGCGCCUUCAACAGCUUCACUCAUCAUAUCGAAAUGUCAGCUUGAUUUAGCCUUCAAAAGGCUAAAUUAACUCACUAAUCGGACCUGUUUUUUUUGGAGUUACAUCGACCAAUAUAAUGUUGUAGGUACGCGUAACAUUUUCUAACGCAAUUAAAGGAAAAAGAUUGCGUCUACUCAGUUAUCAUACUAUAUACCUACUACUAGCCAAGUGUCAUUAAUACGACACAAUCAUUCAUGUGACGUUAUAAAACAACGUUGGCCCACGCGGAACCCCUCGCUUAGUUCUAGCGCGACCUUUGCAAGUGUUGUUAUUGUUCUUCCAUAUGGUAUGAGAUUUUCUAGCGUCAUAUGAUAGCGUGCUUAAAACAGCAGUUCUUCCGUAAUAAACAGUAUCUCGCCUGUUUCGAUGGGACUAUCCUUCACACUAUGCAGGUAUAUAAUGGCCGAUGGUGAUUCCUCUACUGGAAUAGGUCCAGAAACAGAUCAUUGAGUAGUUCGUAAUUCAGGCUUCGCACAUAAAGCAAAAGAUAUCUACGAGCCAUACUGUUCGACAAGCAUCGGCUAAUCUUGUUUUGCUCAAUUCCUCUUCUAUAGUAAAGCCGUAACGUGAAAGCACACGUUUUAUAGCGAACUGAUAAUUAGCAAUUGGUUUUGCUGUGUUCGUGGUCAGAAACGCAGGAGUAUGUGACUAAAAUGCUCGGGAAUAUCUAACGGCGUGUUAAGUGCUUUUUGGACACCUAACAAAGAAAUAUGGAUGAUUUCGCCAUCGAUCUAUAAUAAAUAAGAUUAUCACCGGAGUGUCGCAAACACGAAUAAUGGAUGGUAAUUGGCCUCCCUUGAAGAAAUUUGGAUUUAAGCACUUCGACGUAAGGUCAUUCUUUUGCGGAGACAUCUGCUCUGGCAGUCGUAGGGACGAUUCGUACUCAGAAGCAAACAUUCUAUCUGUGCCAAUAUAUGGCUCUAACCUCGAACCUGGUCGUAUCACGGCAAUAAUUUACCAAGUAGUUGCUAGCAGCGUCCCAGUAACGGCAUCUGCAGUAUUGCAACUACAAUCUCGGCCGUGAUAGAAGCUCUGGCCUUCACACCGACACGGUGCCACUUACUCAAUGGGUUAGAAGUGGGCCUGUGUGAGCUCAUGCUUGGUUAUCUUUUCACAUCUCUAUAGUAACAUCCGAUGAAGAAAAACGCCACUCGAAUACAAAUAUAAUGUGUGUCACUUCGGUUCUCUUUGAUCGUUUUGUCGAAGUAUUGGAAAAGUACCUAUACUUGAGUCGAUAAUCAGCUUGUUUCAGUGCAUUGAACCGGAUUUAAACCUUUCCGCGCUGUUUUUCUCGAAAACCAUUGUUUAGGUAAACGGGAACGAUUACAACAGAGGCAGAAUAAUGGCUGCAAUAUCUACCAAACUAAAUAGUUACUGUCAUCUAUGAAGUGCUAAGGUUCCUAUGAACAGGCCUGUUUCUUUUGUAUCCCGUUGGAUAGCCUACAAUAAAACAUUAUUGAUAACAAAACGUGACGUCGGUAGACAUCAGUGAUUAAUUCACCAAAAGAUAGCUGUCUUCAAUAUUAAUGAGUCUUUCGCUGGCCAGUUCUUCAUCUAUAGAGCUCAACUCAGUGUUUCACCACUGUGAAGUACAGAGCGCUUUUUGAACUGAUGAUUCUUGAAUAGAACAUUAUAGAUUUCCCCAUCGUAAGAUUCAAUUGUAUCAUUUCCUGUACAGUUUAAGCACGACAGAGCACUAUACAGACAGAUAUAUUAUGGAUUAAAACGUGACCCGAGAUCGACCAAGACAAGCAGGUUGAAAUAACAAAAAGAAGUAGCCGGAGGAGCAAGUCAAUAUUCGUUGAAAAAAAUUGGUCGGAACAACGACGACGAUUAGGAGUAUUCGGCUACCGCUAAACAGCCAAAGAUUCGCCAUGAGCCCCUUCAUGUUAAAGACGCUGCUGUGUCGUUGGAAUGUGACAACUCUCGCGGUCUUAGCUUGUCUUGUGCUGAUCUCCGUGUUGCACCUGCAACAGAUGCACUAUGCCAGUUAUCUUGCCAAACCCAUCUGGUAUCAACAGCAGAAGUGGGACAUUAACCGAACAACGUUUCGCAGCGGCGAACAAUGCUGUCAACCAGUCAACAAUAUUUUCCUUCUUAAAACGCAUAAAUGUGCAAGUUCAACGAUACAGAACAUUAUUAUGCGUUAUGGCGACCGAAGAAACCUCUCGUUUGUGCUGCCUAAAGAGGGAAAUUAUCUCGGGCAUCCAAAGCUUUUCAGCAAAACACUUCUUCCAGUUGAGUUGGUUCCUGCCUUCGGAUUUAACGUACUCGCGCACCAUACUCGCUUCGAUGCAUCAGCUAUCAAGGAGGUGAUGCCUCCAGAUACUGCAUUCAUUACCAUCCUUCGUGAUCCUGCGGAACUGUUCAAUUCUAUGUAUGCCUAUUUUGGCCUGCAGAACUACACUGGUGCAACACUUCAGCAGUUUGCCAAUGAUCCUGAUCGCCAGAGCUUCCUUCAGUCAAAUCGCUAUGAACAGAGAUUCGGACCUAAUCAGAUGUUUUUUGACCUUGGCUAUGAUGCCAGCCGCAUGAACGAGAGCGCGAUCACAGAGGCGAUUGAACGGGUCGACCGUGAGUUUGAUCUCGUCCUUAUUACUGAGUACUUUAACGAAUCACUUGUUCUACUUAAGAAUCUCUUUUGCUGGGAUAGUCAAGACAUAAUGUAUUUCAAGCACAAUAAGCGGAAGGCUGAUGAUCGAAUUUCACGCGACGUGCGAAAGCGAUUACUUCGAUACAACUCGGCUGAUGCCCGUUUGUACGCUCAUUUCAAAGCCAAACUUCAGACGCUCAUAGAUGCGUUCGGACGGGACCGCAUGCAGGAGGAGGUCGCCAAUCUUCGACUAUGGAAACGUUUGAUUUACGCUCACUGCGUCGAACGCAUGGGUGAAUCGAAACAACCGGAAACACGUGCAUAUUCCAAACAUGUCUUCAGUAUCGUUCUGCGUCCUGAUGUUCAGCUUUCCGCCGCCACCGCCGCCGCUGUGACAAGUACUACUCAAACGCAGCCGACUAGCAGACGAAACGGAUCACCAAACGAUAAAAAGGCAAUGACGAUGAUAACAUCAGCAACAACAAAAACGACGACAACAACAACAACGACAACAACAACAACAACGAGAACGACAACAACAAGCACCCAAGCUGAGGAGAACCGCUUGUGCGCAGACAUGGCUCGCGCUGAACUUCCCUAUACAGAGCGACUCCGCGCCAAACAGCGAUUCCUCGCCAGGUCCGCUCAAAUGCUGUGAUAACAAUGGUCAACAAAUAAUAGUAAUAAUGAAUAGCAAAAGGCAGACGAAGAUCAUUUUUAGACAAUAUUGAUUCGUACACUCCAAUUAGCCCUCGUCGUAGUUUAUUUAGGAAUAGAGCUUAAAAUGUAAAUGCUUUAUGACAAAACGAUCGUGACUAGAUGAGAGACUAUACAUACACAUCCAUAUACACGAAGAAUGCUUGAUGUAGAUAUAUAUAUAUACAUAGACGUAUAUUCAGAAAAGGAAGCGAGUAAAGUAGGAAGUCAGCAGUUAUUAUUAUUAGUACUUUUACUCCUUAGAUCAAUUUUUCACUUUGUUACUGGCAUGAUAUCUGAAAUAGCAGUAUAUGUUGGUAAUUGCGUUAACAUUGUAACUGUAGUUUUUGGAUAUGACCGAAAUCAACAGUUGCUACAUCUGAUACAGUUCGGAGAUUAAUCUCAUUCUGGCGUGAAAAAAUCGAUAGUUAUUGUCGCACAGGAUGACUAUAAGUUAACGAAGAUCCACAAGCCAAUAAAGUGAUAGUAUAAAACACUUUUGAAUAUCGCUAAUAACUAUCUUACUAAAGAUCAUUGCCAAUAGACGGAAUCACAAUUUAGGGAUCGCCAUAUUGGCUUCACAAUCUUCUUUAUUGCUACCUGUACUUUAACGGGUCAGCCAUAUCUAACAAAAAGCUCACAAUGGCUUACAGAACAUUUAAGGCCUCAUGGAAAUUUUUAGGAAUCCUUCACUAGCCUAUUUAUGUACAAUAGUAGUAAUCAUAUCUUAAACGUUCGUACAGAACGUCACAGCGACCCGGGUCGUCGGAGUGGAUUGCGCCAGCUCGAUCGCUGAAUGAUGUGACAUAAACACCGGAAAAAAGUACAGAAUACAACAAUGACAGUUAUGAUGCUUUAACGGCUAGUGUCUGUAAAGGUCUAAUUGCGUUUACGACAACGUAUCAUUGAAAUGGGCCUCGAAUUUUUUAGGACGAAAAUUUCGUAAUAAAUAACGCAAUGGAUGACGCGGUUACGUUAAAGCGAAGAGAGGGGCAUAAUAUUUAACUGGAAAUCAGUCAGUGAAAAAUCCAACGAAAAAAAAAAAAAAAAAAACUGCAAAUGGCUAGAUUUAUUCAGUGAUUUGUUUGUUUGAUUUUUUAGUUUAUAAUCCCUCUGCUCGCUCGCACAGGUCGAGAAGGGGUGCAUUAAUCAGCUUCCUUUGAAUUUGUCGUUACAAAUCUGUUCGCAUCAUAGCUAGCUCAGAAACAUUGCAUUCAAUUGUGCACUGCUAUUAAACAUAACUGCACCUUAGAUUAUGCACUUUACUUAAAAAGUGUCAAUUACAUAUAUAUAUAUAUAUAUAUAUCGAAAUUGUGCAUCUAACGGACCAGCUCUUUAACCUUUAGAGAGUCUUCCACGUCUCCAGAUGAUGUCCAGAAACUUACAUAUGUCAUUAAAGGUUCUGCUAGUCGGUGGAAACAUUUUAAAGCAGCACUCAUUAAAAGCUAUGGCGCGCCACUGUUAGGUUGCGUUAACUGAGGCGCGAAAAAUUCUAAUAUUUUCUAUGUAUUUCCCAAUAUUUCAUCAACGUUUUAUGAUCCUCUAACUGAGAGCACAGCAACAUGGCUUAAUCUGUCAUACUAUAAACACGAACUUAGUUGUGGCCCAUAAGGUAAUUGCUUGCCGAUUAUCUUAGUUGUUAGUAUACGUGGGAUUGUUUGUCUAUGUAGGCUUAUUUGCCUUUUUUUUUUAAUUUAGUGCUGUUAAAGAUACGCAUUUAUCAUCAAGUCAGGCACUAAAAAACAUCGGUGAUAUCGAAUUAGUAUUUAGUUUAAAAUGAACCAGAUCAUGUGCGUUCAUCAUAUCCAUAUACAGAAUCGCUUUGUAAUAUAUUUUGGACCAUAGCGGUCUAAGUUGAGGGUCAGCUAUGACGAACAUCUAUUGACAUGCUCGUUUAGGCUAUUAGAAACUUUGCCCCUAGAAACUACAAAACUUUUUCUAGAACAUGCACCCAAAAGCGAAAUCAAAUGCUAAUUAUUCAUUUGAUGAAUGACAGAAGCGAAUUGUCGCACUCCCUUGUGCCCUGCUAUUAGGAUGUCGAUGAAGCGUUUCCAUUCUAUUAGUUUCAUUGGAGUCACAAACAAAAACCAAAAUAUGUUAUUCUGAUUAAAUAUUAACCGUGUCAGAGGGCAGAGCAUCACAUAUUAGCAUGGACUAUUGGCCUCUCUCCAUAGCUCAAUUAAAUGUAAGCCAUGAUUAUUUCCUUCUAGAAAGCCUUCAUUGACUAAGUCGGAAAAACCUAAACAAAAACAGGCCUAAUGUUGGCAUCUUACAUAUAUCGGUUUUCAAAGUUUCUGAGAGUUUAACUUGUUGUAGGGGUCAUUCACGCUGCAUUAAUUGUUUACGUUUUUGAGUGUAUAUAUAUAUGAGUUAUUACGUGCAAGACGUUGGGAAACAUCAAAUUUGAAAUGAUUUCAGCCACAGUUGAACAUGCCAAUACUAUAGUAAAGAGCAGCCAUUAUUUACAUAUUUAUUUGUGUUUAGUUAAUCAUAUUUAUUACAAGUUUUAAGCUAAUUUAAUUAGCAAAUGAUCCAUUGCGUAAAUACAAGAUGGCUGUAAAUUGAACUGAUGUUAACAGUUUAAAACUACAUUGUACCUAGCUUACCACCUAAAUUCAAAUUAUUGUCAUACGCCCCAUGACCAUGAACUGAAUACAUUUAGUGAAAUUCUCUGUUCGAGCUAACCGUUUGUUCGAUUAACGCAUGGUUAUUGAAAUCGCUUUUGGAGGUAAGCUUAUAAAAUACUUUGAAACCAUCAAGAGGAUCCGUUGAGACAGAUAAUGCCUUGUUCGACUAUUUCCCUAAAAACAUCGCUGUUAGACAACUGAAUUGAUCUUAAAUAUUAACAACUCAGUUUACAAGAUGACGAGAAUAUACUUUUAAUUCUUCGUUUCGAAUUCUUGUUUUUUUUUGAAAGCCGAUAUUUACUAACCAUUAAUUGUCUUCUGGGAUUUGAACUAAUGACUUUCGGUUUCGCAACGGCAAACACAGCUUGCCACGCAACCUUAGAAACGCCUUUUUUAAAACAGUUGUUAAUGCCCUCAAUACGAUCGCUCAUCAUUUGAAGAACUAUCAUUCACAUUAGAGCCAUAGUACUGUAGAAGCUCACGAUCUAUUAUUUUCAAACAAUUGUAAUGGUAAUAAUAUUGACGAUAGUUGCUUUGGUGACGUUCGCACUUCUCUGUACUAACGCAAGGGACAAUGCUUAACUGAUGAAAUGUUUCGCACGAUGCUACGAUAAUAAAUAUGGGAAGUGGCCACGAGGAAGCACCCCAACGAUCUACAUUCACUGUUCAAGUGCAAAACGCUGGACCAUAAAAAUAUUGUUGAGAUCGAGGUUCACCUUUGAGAUAAUUAUAGUCACACAAUUACUAAUGAUAAUAAUUAAUAAUAACGAGAAUAAAAUAACGAUCAAAACGAACAUACUCAUAGUAAAUUAGAAUACGUAUGAUAGUUGGCAUGGAUGAUUAUAGAGCAGUUGUAUGAAGAGCCCAGACAAACAGAAAUUGAAAAAUAAUGACACUGGAUAUUAUUAGACAUGGUCCUUAAUGGGCCCUUUUCGAACGAACGUGCGAAAUACGAUUAGAUAUAUAUCCUGGAGUAAGUACAGUAGUACUAGAAACAUUAUUAAAGAUAAUUAAUAUAUUUGUCAGUUGCCGCGUUUCGUAAAGAUGUUAUACAGCAGAAACAGCAACGAAACGACAAUGAAUAAUAAAUGUAUGCAGAGUGUCAUAUGAGAUACUUCCUCUCAAAUUUGAGUAUCGUUGUUCU